AUGUGUCACUCGAAGCAGCAGAACCUCAACACUUGCCAAGCCAUGCGUUUGUUGCUGAUCUUCAGUUUGCUGCUGAUUGGCAGCAUACAUGGCUAUCUGUUGUUUCCCGCAUCGACGGUGCUGCAGUUGACCUCAAGCAUGUCGGUGCCCAUGGAUUUGCCCAAGCGUGUGGUGUUCAUGGAUUUGGGCUUUCAAAUGAACUACAAUCUGCCCUUUGAGCUGGCUUCGUUCUAUAAUCCGGCCAUAUGGGCUAAUGCCUACGAGCGGCGUCACAAGCGUCAGUCGUUGAAUUAUACUGCAGCAACAACUAAUUGGCAGCCAAAUGAUUAUACUGCUGGUGAGCUGUAUGCAGCGCUGGAGCAGCAGCUGCAAGAUUAUGGCUUCCAUAGCAGCUGCCUGCUGCGCUGCGUCUGCGAGUUGGCGCUGCAUCCAUUUGCCGACAAUCAAAGUCUGUUGGUGCAGAUUAUUAACUUGCUGCUAACACCUUCGCAACAUGAGGGCUUUGCGGCUCAUGAGCAUGCAGCGCAGCAGCGUUUUGAGCAGGCGGAACGCUUGGGCUUUAUGGGUGGCGACUGUCAACGCGCCUAUGCCAAGUGUGAGUUGGAUAUACUUGGCUUUAUUAGCAGAUUAGUCAGCUGA